CCCUUCUUUUAUUCCGUCACUGCUUCUCGCCCAUCGUCUCUGUCUCUGUUCUCCUCCGCCGAAUCCACACGACGUUCUCUGCAAUCUCCUCGGCGACCGGCGAUGGCUUUGUCGUGGCAUCUCUCCCGACGAGGUUCUAGUCCUACAGUGCUUGAAAGUCAGACUACACAAUCAAGCGUUCAAGUUAUUCUUAACCCUAACAUUUCCAAGACCAAGGGGAGAAAGAAGGAGAACAAAUGUUGGAAAUCAAGCCUUGAAGUAGCAACAAGUGGCCAACGUCGGUGUAGUAUUUGUCGAGAAAUUGGACACAACGCAACCACUUGCAAGAAAAAAAAUGUUGAGGCUAUUGUUCCAGAUCGAACAAUAGACCAAGAAUGAGCGGAUUUAGAAGGGCAGAAGUAUGAAUAUGUGAAUUGUGAAAUCUAAAAACGAGGAAUAAUCUAGAUGAUGCACUUCAUAUAUAUCACAACCAAAUGAGAAAUAAAUCAAUGAUACAAAAAGUACAUAACUCCACACUACAACCAUCAUGCAUAGUACAUCCUACGUGCAUUUUACAUCCAUAGUAACAUCUAGUUCAAUACAUCGAACAUUCAAUUAACAAGAUUUUGGUACAACAGUAUUGCUACCAACAAGAGAAUACAAAUAUGCAAAAACACUUCUCGUUUCUUGUAUUUGCUGAUUCUUGACUCCAAUGUUGCAUUCUUGGACAGUACCUCUCUUUCACGAACGUUGGCAUCUAUUACUUCUCUUUGUAAGUUCAUGAUAAGGCCUUGAAACUCCUUGGCAGUCUCAUUGCUACUCAUGGUGGCAGUGUCCUUAGUCUUUUCACGUUUGUCAUGUAGCCACUAAAAGAACGAACAAUCCGAUACAUACUCUCCAGUGGGUAAAUUGCGUAAUUUCGGGCAUGCAUAGAAUUUGUCUCCAAAUGAUUGCGCUUGGCGUGACAUAUGUAGUGUCAUAGUGUGUCCACAAUAACAAUUAGGUGUACAUCAAAAUGUAAGAUAAAGAACAAGAAUGAGAACAAACAGGUCUGCAAAUGUAAGAGUACAAAUGUGGAGUUCUUGUUCAAAAGUACAUCAAUUAUACAGCAAACUUCUAUAUUUUGAAUAAAGUAAAAUCAUUAUAGAACAUGAAAAACUAAAAAUUGGGGACAAAUGCAUUUUAGAAACUGGAAUAUUUUUAUGUGAGGGAGUGAAUAUUUCAUUUUAUGUUAUGGCCUUUUCUUAACAUCAUUAUAGAAUGUUCUAUUUGACACACACACACAUCCAAUUUAAGAA